AUGAAGAAGUGUCUGGAGAUUGAGAGUGAGAACAUGUUCUCAAUAGAUGAAAUGAUAGUCCCUUACAAGGGAACAAAGGCUGGGUCUCUCCGACAGUAUCUCCCGAGCAAACCUCACCACUGGGGCUUCAAGAUCUUUGUUAGAGCAGGCAUUUCUGGGAUGGUGUAUGACUUCCUGACAUACACUGGAAAGAGCACAUUUGGCACAGGUCAAGGUCCAGUCAAAGACCUUGGAGUUGGAGCCAAUGUUGUCAUUCAACUCUGCAAAACCAUCAAGAACCCAUUAGAUUGUGUUGUCUUCUUUGACAAUUUUUUCACCUCCCUCCCACUCAUUGUGCAUCUGAAGGAGUCCCUUGGUUUGCGAAGCCUGGGAACCAUCCGCAAGAACAGGCUUAAAGGAUGCACACUUGAGGAUGACCGUGGUCUGCUGAGGCAAGGAAGGGGCAGCUAUGACUAUUGGAUGGAUAAUGAAGCAGAAGUGGCUGCUGUAAAAUGA